AUGAAAAAUGAGUUCCACAAAUACUCCGUCCAAAACCCCCUAAACCGGGAACCACCCGUCAAAACCCUCGUCUCGAGCUUCUUUACCCCAGGAGAUAUUUCCUAUGACCGCAACCAUGGCCCCAUCCCGCAUCUCUCGGCAGACACUCACACCGUCCGAAUAGACGGCAAUGUCCCCAGCCCACUCCGCCUAUCCAUCCAUCAACUCCAAACUGAGUUCUCCCAGCACGAAGUCAUCUGCGCUCUAGAAUGCGCGGGGAACCGGCGACAUGCCAUGCGCACACUACUCAAAGAAGUCCAGGGGAUCGACUGGGGCGAUGCAGCUGUGAUGAAUUGUAAAUGGAAGGGUCCGAGAUUGAGCGACGUUCUACGUCGAGCCGGGGUGACGUCGAACUUGAAUCAGGGUUUAUAUGUUGCGUUUUCAUGCUACCAGGUACAAUGUCAGGAGGAUGAUUGGUUCGGUAGUAGUGUGGAGUUAAAGAGAUGUCUGGAUGAGGAUAUGGAUGCUAUUCUGGCUUGGGAGAUGAAUGGUUCGCCGCUCACACCGAACCACGGCUACCCGGUCCGAGUGGUCCUCCCCGGUGUUGCGGGUGCCCGGUGGGUCAAGUGGCUCGAUCGUAUCACGGUGCAAGACCAUGAAUCGUCGAAUUUCUACCAGCAGCGCGAUUACAAGGUUCUGCCGCCGGAUGCGGUCGAUCGUGUUUCCGCUGAGCCCUAUUGGGGCCGCACACCUGCUAUGUGUGAUAUGCCUAUUAAUUCAGUUGUGGCCGUGCCGGAGGAUGGGGAAACUGUUCAUCUUUCAGAAUUGGGUACUGUGGAGGUGAAGGGGUAUGCAGUGCCGCAUGGCGCGGAUGGCCCGGUUACAGGUGUGCAGGUUUCUGCGGAUGGGGGGCAGACAUGGGUGGAUGCUGAGAUCGAGGGUCCUUCCCUUGUGAGGAAAUGGUGUUGGGUUUUAUGGAGGGCGAAGGUCAACAUUGAGAGGGGAACUGAAAGGCAGAUUCUGAGUCGCGCGUUUGAUAGGGGUGGAAAUUUGCAGCAGGAGCAUUCGCAGUGGAAUCUGAGGGGUGUGGGAUAUAAUGGAUAUGGAAGGGCAAGUGAUCUUAUCAUUGUUUAGCGAAUUAGUGAUCGGGCAAAGGUGGCAUCAUGGCGCUCGGUGAUCAUUCCAGCUGAACUAAAAUUGUCUCAUGA